AAUCGAUCGACUAAUGCUUUCAAUGAAAGCUUCGUUACAAUUGGUUUGAAAUUGACGUCAAAUCACUAUCACUUGCAUUGCAUUCACCGCUCAUUCAGUCGUCUAGAGCAUGACUUCGGCAGCGAUUGAAGUGUUUGUCCGUCCGAUGCAAUCACUGAACACUUCCAACGAUCACAACAUUUCCGGUGAUUAUUCAUGUGAUAGACUAGUCUUGAGUGAAGACCAACAGAGAGAAGUGGUUAUCAAACUGUUGGAAGAGUUGGAAGCGUUUGUAAACGAAGACAAUUGCAAUGAAAUGAAUUGCAAUGAUUUGAUCUCAAAGAUCUGUCAUUGGAUUAAAUGGAAAGCGCGUCGUCUUGAAGAAGACGAGUCUUUCAGACAACAACUGGACGUGUAUUUCAAUCUCCUGAGGAAUGUCUUGAGAAACUUCAAACUGAAUGCUAUAUCGCGCGCAUUGAUACUGGAAGUGAUUGAGUUGAGGGCCGCCAACUGGACUAAUGUGGAGGACAUCGACAGGUAUUAUCGCAACAAAUUGUCUCAAUUGAAAGCCAAUGACACGUCGUGUGCCGGCAAUGACUUGAGUCGCUCCAAGAGUUUGCAAUCGUUUGGUCUAAUGCUACCUAGUUUCCGAAGGGGUUUCAGUGUGCCUCCCGGAGCCAAAGAAAGAGUGGUUCAGAUCAUGGGUCCGACCGAAGAGAACAUCGAACGCGCGAAGCAUUUGAUCGAAGAGACCAUUAUUAGGAACACAUCGCCCGUCCCUUUCGAGUCAUACAACAAACCAGCGGUUGAUUUGGAUAUCAAUCACAACCAGAAGAGUGAAGCUGAUACUUAUUGUGGCGAUGAUCUGAAAGAACAACAAAUGGAAAACAUGCGGACAAAUGACAAACUCGAGGAACAGGUGAUACCCGCAGAUGAGUCGGAGUACUUGGAAACUGAUCCAAAAUUGGAUACAAUUCAAAGACAACAGUCAUAUGAGGGAAAGCUUCCCAUCGGAAGAACUUCUUUGCGAUUCAUGUGUGACGUUAAGCCUAAACUUGAUGUCAAUGAGAAGAUAGCAUACGAGAGGGAAUUCCUAAUGAAUUGCGCGGAAUCUCCGUUGAGUCAAGUGAUGGACGAGAAGGAGAUCUUCAAAAUUGAGACCAAAACACCUGAUAUUCUGCGAAAGAAUGCCACUUCUGAUGACUUGGAAGUCUGGUGA